AUGCGCAGAGCUAAAGUGUUCAGCCAUGAGACGGUGAUGCCGCGCAUGUCGUGGUCGGCGCGCAACCUGUACAAUACGAUCGCUCGAUCCACUGUUCCGUUCCACGCGUCGCAAACCACGUUCACGAAAACGUCGCUCACCAUGUACCAGCAACGAUGGCGGUCGAAGCGAUUCCUGCGCGCAUACCACGGCGACUGGAUACCCGAGAAACGCUUCAAGCGAUGGUUCCUUCCUACGGAUCUGCCGAGCUUUGUGCCCCCGCAGGUAUCGGCAGCUGCGCCAUCCGCAUCGUCCGCCGGUCCUCGCAGAGGUGGACUGUUCGACAAAGCGCUCAAGGCGAGACGAGAGCCCACUGCUCCGGACACUGCAGCUGUGGCGACAUCUUCAAAGUCCUAUGCGACAGUAACCCAGCAGAAAGUGGUGGAGGAGAUGGAUCCGAUGCCCACGGCUUCGCUCUUCAUGCGCGAUGUCGAGAGGAGGCUUGAUGUCGUCGUUUUCCGAUCGUGUUUUGCUCGCUCCGCGUACGAGUCGAGGUCAAUGGUUGUACAGGGAAAGGUCACACUGAAUGGGGUCAAGUGCAGCAAUCCGAACCAGCUGCUUGAGCCGGGCGAUCUGAUCAGUGUACAGCCGUCGGCAGUGCCAAUGCUCAGUGAAGAGCUCGCGAAAAGGGCCAAGGCGCAAAAGCUCAACGAUGGCGUGUCUGGAGAAGCCGAAGCUACACAGGCUGCUCAACAAGCCCAACAGCUCGAGCAGCAAGAGUCUAGCGAGACUGAGACCGAUGCAAAGCAAGGAUCAUCCUCGGAAUCAUCAUCAGCAUCCUUGGAAGCUGCAUCCUCCACAGAAAGUGCCUCCCCAGAAAGCACUACGGAAACUCCAUCGUCCGCACCAUCCGUCACAGACAAGCACAAGAACAAAGAAAAGACUCUUGCGCCCGGUGUACUUCCGUUUACGCUCCCAGACUAUGCGGCGCCCUUCCUGUUCAUCCCUCCUUACCUCGAAGUUUCGUUCACCACGUGCUCCACUGUGUACGUGCGACACCCGACCAUUGUACCGUACCGUACUUCGGGUUCGGAUGGCAAAGCACGCUGGACCUUCCGCACCGAUCUGCCCUCUCCCUACCCCGCUGGAGGCGAACUUUACGCCAUGGCAUGGGAGCACUACACGCGCAAUGCACCCAGGACGCGUGCUGAUGCACGACGCAUCAAGCUCGAAGCCAUGGCUGGUCGCAACGGCUUCGACACGCAGCGCGCAAAGGACCACAACAGGAAGAGGAGCGCGCUCAGGAGAGGAUGGGGUAGAACAAAGAGCGUCGAGGGCUGGAGGAAGCAUCUGGCUGCUGCACACGCCAACCAAGCGAAAACGAGCGCCAGGCGCACCGCUCGUGUCGUGGCGUAA